AUGAAGAAGGAGCUCUACUCCCCGGAAAUGGCAGCAGAGCGGGUGAGAAGAGCAUUAGCAAUUGCAAAGAAGAAAGGCAUACCAGACUUUGUGGUAAACGCCCGAUGUGAUGUGCUGGUUCAGGGUGGAAAACUCGAAGAGGUACUCUUACGAGGCAAACAAUAUAUCGCUGCAGGGGCAACGACGGUAUUUGUAUGGGGCGGGAAACGAGGUGUGAGUCGACAGGAGGUACAGACCAUGGUCAAUGAGUUUGACGGACGCCUUAAUGUCAUGUUGGUCAUGCAACCGCAUGGACUGGGUGUCGCACAGCUCCGAGAACUGGGCGUGGCGAGGAUCAGUGUUGGACCACAAAUACAGAUGAAAGCUAUGGAAGCAUUUGCAAGAGAGGCAGAAAAGAUAUUGACAGCCUGA